UUUUUUUUAAAAAUGGAGGUUAAAGUGACAGUUUGCGCGUUUUAACAAGUUGUUGAUGUUUUUCUAUACUGCUAUUUUCUCAUUUAAACACCGAACUAAUUAAUAUUUUCUUCAUUUGAGUGACAAAAUUUGCAUGUUUUCAUUGUAUUCAAUUUAUUUCAGUGUUUUAUUAUUGUCUUAAAAACCAAAUAAAACACGUGUCUUCUCCAACCUCAAAGUGAAAAUUCUUUUAUAGCAAAUCAACGUUUUUCUGAAAUACAAAUAUAUAUAAAUAUAAUAAAUUUUUGUUAAAUUCUACAUAUAAAAAUGGAAAAAUAUCAACAUAUUCGAGCAUUCAUCAAUGUUGUUAAUGAUUAUUCUAAACAUCAAAGUGAUGCAGCGGCUUCAGCUCUUCAAAUGAAUCUUGGAGUAAUAAGUGCAUCGAUGGACCUGAGUAUAUUUGAUCCAGGAAGUUGUAUUGCUGCCGAUUUUUACGUCAGUUUACACGAAUUAAUGAAUAUUUUAGGAUCAAAAACUACAUUACUUUGGAGUGCUGUUGAUGUUUUACAAACUGCUUGUCGAAAUACUGCCGCUCGUCAAGCACUUACACACACUUACAAAUUUGCUCCAAUUUUGACCAGACUGCUAGAAGCGCAAAAUUUAACAGCAGAAAAACGAAUAAGAGCACUAAAACUACUUCAGGAAUUAACGUAUGGAAUAAAAAUCUCAUGGCAGGAGACACAUUUACCAUAUUUAAUAACAACAUUAACACAAUGGGUGACACAAUCAACGGAGGAGGAAGUCCUUGCUCUUUCUCUUGGUGUUUUAUCAAAUCUUUGUUAUAAAAAUUUACCAGCCGUUUAUACAUUGCUGCGUACAAUUGAUUCCAAGACAUUUAUUCGUACUUUAUUGAAACAUCAAAGUCACAAUAUUAACACACGUGUUCAAUGUUGUAAAUUAUUAAUAAUUCUCGAGCACAUGAAUACUGAACUUUCAGAGAAAUCAAUUCUUGAUUUUACUCAAGUUACAUUUAAAAGUAUUAUUGAGGCAUUAGAAAAACGUGAUGUUUUAUUAUUGCGACAUGUUGUUGAUUUUUUUGAAGACAUUCGACAAACUGAACAUUCACGUUUAAUUUUAUUGUCAUACACAAACUAUGCAAAAGACGUGACAAAGAUUUUAGAAACUUUAGAAAAUGACUGUGAUCCUGAAUGCGUGGCAUUAAUGAUGGAAUUCCUUCAGUCAUUGGUGAAAUUAAAAAUAACGAAUUUAGUCCGUUUAUAUCCUUCUUGCAUUAAAUGUGCAACUUCUUAUGUUCCUGUGGAACAAGUAUGUUCAAAAGCACUUGCACUAAUAAGAACAAUUGUAAUUGAUUCGCGUCGAACAAAAACGAUAGCCGACGUUUUAUCCGAAUUGGAUCUUUCGAUUUUAAUGUUGAUUGUCAAUUCAUAUGAGGAGCAGAGUUUGGAAUUUAGUUCUGAAACAAUUUCACGACUUAAUGAAUUGAUGCAAUUGCUGCAAGAAAUUGUGAAAAUUGAUAAUUUAAGAUCAAAAGUUUUUCAAGCUUUCACUGAUCAAACAAUGAGAAAAUUGUUAAAAGCAAUUCUUGACGAUGAGGAUCGUGACAUGAAUAUAGAUUGUCCGGAUAAUCUUUCUUCAAAUCAGUCGACGACAUUUUAUGUUCAUGCUUUAGCGUUGACUUCGGAAAUGGCUCAAACGAACUCGGAUUGGUUAACAUUGUAUUCGGAAUUGAUGCGAAAGAAGCAAAUUCAUAUGACAAUGGCAAUGGCUUUAUUCACCGGUGACGAGGAAGUGAAGCAAAAAGUACUUCAAUUGCCGGCGACAGUUUGUUUUCCACAGGAAUGCCUAUCGACAGUUGCUCACUGUAUGGGUGAAUUGGAAUCAUUGGUUCUAGUUCGAGGAGGUACGAAUAAAUCAAUUGAAUCGAAAAAUAAAUAUUCCGGACAAUAUUCGGGUAUUGAAAUGAUGCCAUUUAUGUCACUUCUUCAGGAGCAACGUCUCAAUGUUUGCAUUGAUAAAUUAAAAGAUGCUUACGAUGAAAAUAAAAUUAAUGACGUUACAACUUCCGCAGUUAUUGAACUCUAUGAAUAUAAGCUUGCGGCAAUUCGAAAUGCAGAAAGAUCAAAUCAAGCGAGUUUAGAGGCGGCGAAUAAUCGUGUUACAAGCCUUCAACAUCAAUUAGCGCAAGUUGUUGCCGAAUCAAGAAAAUUGCAUCAAUUACUUUUCCGAUCUCAACAAUCGUUGGAAGGUUUACAAAAAGAAAAAACUAUUUUUACCACAAAAAUCCAAGAAGUGGAGAAAGAAAGUAAACGAGCUUACGCUCUUCACAGUCAGGAGAGCGAAAGUUUGAAGAAAAUAGUUUUCGAAAAGUCUUCGCAAAUAACGAAAUUGGAUUCAGUGGUACGAGAGCAAAAAGAAGAGCUGUCUAAUUGUAAGGAUAAAAUUGAAAACUUUAUGAAAAAAAUUGCAAAACUCGAAAAUGAUUAUGCAACAGUGGACAAAAAAUCACAAGAAUUAAGCUCCAAAAAUCAUGAAAUGUCUAAAUUACUUCAUAAAAUGCAAGAAGGAUUAGCAAAAAAGGAACAGAUAAUUGAGGAGAAAAAUGUAGAAGUAGCGUCACUACAAGAAGACAAAAACGCAUUGAAACAGGAAAUGCAACAGUUAUCAGUUCAAUGUAACAGGUUACAGGCACUCGUCCAAGAAAAAGAGGAAACAAUUCAAAAAUAUAAAUCUGAAUUAACGGACUUUAGUCGAAUGAGAGAUAUGAUCUUUGAAUUGACUGCAAAAAAGAAAGAAGAUUUAAAUACCACGUAAUAUUAAUUUUUUACAAUUUUUUUUUUUUUUAUAAAUUACAAAUAUAUUUUACUUUUAAUCUCUACAAACAUAGAACACUUUUAAUACAAAAAAAACAAGAAAAAAAAAAAAAACGAAAAAAAUAGACCAAAAUUUUUGUUUUUACUAGAAAUUUGUUGAAAACAAAAAUUUUUCGUUUCAUUUUUUAAAUAAAAUAGGUAUAAGAUAACAAAUAAAAAAAAUGCUUUACAUAA